AUGUCGACCACCAAGCGCCCAUCCAUCUUCUCCCGCCUGUCCUCGAGCAGUGCCUCCAUUCAAUCCUCGUCCUCGACACAACCUUCCAUCCCCAAGGGCAGCCACGACACCGUCUACGCCCGCUAUGCGAAGGACGGCAAGGGGUACGACUUCAACCUGACCUACCCGUACUGCACCGGUGCCGCCAGCUCCAGCUCCUCCUCGUCGACGUACUCGACUUCCGAAUCUGACGUACCCUUCGACUUCAAGCUCCGCUACGCAAAGGACGCCAAGGGCCACGAUUUUGGGUCCACAUACGCGUACUCGCCGUCGAGAGAAUCCUCCACCACCCUGGUCGGCGGCUCUGAUGCCGUGCACGCAGACAACAAGAACAUGAGAUACGCUUGGCACCAGGGCCGACAGGCUUCUUAG